UCUAUAAAGGCAGCCAAACCCCCAAAACGUCGGAAGCCAAAUAGGUGUCUCUCUCCCCGUUUUCUCUCUCCAAAUUGUUUCUUCCCCCCUCCCUCUCUUCUAACUUUUGGUUGCGUCUCAUAUCCUUCUCUUUGAUUCGCUUCAAAUCCCAUAUAUCGAAUUAUAUUACUCCUCGCAAUCCUGGGAAUUUUGAGAAUCCGAUGUUAUGUACGGUAGAUUUCGCAUAAUUCAGACCAAAAUUUGAUCGAUAUAUAAAUAUCUAGAGAGAGAAGUAGAGGUAGGUAGAGAGAAAUUGAGAGUUGUUUUUGGAGGUAGGUUUUGAAGACGUAUGAGCUGGUCGGUCAAUCUGGGUUUCUCUUCGAAUUCAAACCACUUCAUCACUUGUCUUCUCGUUUUUAUUCUUCAUUACUCACCUCAAUUACCUCCUGCCUUGUUUAAAUUCGAGAAACCCUUAGAACCCAGAACUCAAUUGAUAUUAUUACUGUUGAAUAAUAUUAAUCACAAUCAUUGUUAUAGUAAUCGCGUAUCGAAUUAUGGAAUCGCGAGAACAGAGUAAUCGCCAAAUGGGGAAAGGGAGUUGAUGAUGACGACCCACUGUUGUUAAAUUAUGUCGGUGGCACUUUCUUUCUCUCUCUAGCAUUUUAAGAUAUAAUAUAUAUAUAUAUAUAUAUAUUAAAGAUAUGUGCAUUUUAUAUAAUUAUGCAGUUGACAGAGCCAUAAUAUACCUAUUUACAUGUAAUCAUGUUGGAUAUUAUGCAUGUUACUGUAAUCUUGCUAAAGUAUAUUUAGGUAAACCAUAUAAAGCAAUAUAAAGCAGUUCUGCUUGGUCCAAAUUCAGACCAAGCCAAGAUUAAUUAACUAAGUUGAACAAAAAAGUUCUGUGAAUUAUUACAUUUAUGGUCAUCAUGGUAUAUACUUUCUCAGUUUCCUGAGGGUAAAUGUAGGCUAGAUGCUGAGAUUUUGGUUCCGGGUCAUCCUUAUAGUGAAACCACAUAGAUACAUUUGGAUGCCAAAGUCUGUUUGAACUGAAGCACAGCCAUAACUAGCUUGAUGCUCAACUAAAAUAUAAUAUUUCUUAAUAGCACCCUUCUUUCACUCAGCCUGCUACUAGGUGCACUUAGACCACCAAUGUUUAUUGCUCUGACUAUUUUGUGGACUUAAAACUAUUCUGGAUUUUCUUACAUUGGGGGUAGUAAAGAAAUGAUAACAUCGGUUAUGGAGAAAAGGAAAAAAAGGAAAGAAAAUGAUAAUGUUAACGUUUGUGUGGUUGAUUAAAGAAGAAAAAUGAAGUAUUGACCUUGUAUAAUGUUUGAAAAAAAUAGUAGAUAGAAAAGAAAUUAAAUAAUUGUUUUAUUUUGUGAGCGAUAAGAGCAAUACUGGAAUUCACUUGUUAAAAAAAGCAGGGACAAAAUAGGUAAUUACUAGCUAUAAUAUAAUUUGUCCAUUUUUGAAGGAUAGCAAAAUGACUGUUCAUGGAUUUAGUGAGCCCCUCCAAAUCCUUCCAUUUCAGUUUAUGUUUUCUCAAAAUUUUAUACCAAACACAACAUAACCUUUCCCUCCAUUUCCUUUCUUUUUUUCUACUUCAAUUUCUCUCCAACCAAACUGGGCCCAACAAUUUGGUGAAGGUGUGGGUGUUCCAAGAUUCUUAUACACUGAUAAAAUUGAGGUGGCUAAUUAAAUAAUCAAUAAUUGGAAUCUCCUUAUAAGUACACUGUUGUUCUGUCCUGAAUUUUGUUGCUAAUCUUAUAAGAAUAUAAUAAAAACUUCCUAUCCUCAUUGAAGCAACUACAGAAAAAAAAUGAAUGAGGUGUCUUGGCUCGAAGGAAGAAAAGAAAAAAAUAAAAUAAAUUGAACAUCAUACAUGUUGUAAAUUGUAUCCACUUUUAAGCUUUAAUUUAGGUUCUCUAUAUCAAAAUAACUGGAGCUAGCUCAAAAAAGUUUUGUUUCAUUUCAUGAGAGAAAAGGAACGGAAGUAGCAGAAACAUAUUAUUUGCAAGCCAUUCAGAUGUGUGGUUGUAGUUAUGCUGUAAACAUGUGCUUAGUGGUAUGUACUGGGUUUUAAUAACCCAAGCUUCUCAGUUCAGUAACCUGUGAUUUUCCAAGCAUUUAUGGCCUUCCACGUUACAUCAUCCAUGUACUUGGUAUUUGUAUUUGGUGUGGGUAUGUGUCUAAGUGUGGGACAUCCUUGAAUCUCAACUCUUAGGAUUAAUGGACCUGAGUCACCCGAUUUUUUCCAAAACUUGGAUACAUGUGGCCAUUUAAAUACAUAAUAUGCUAUGUAAUAACGCUAUAUAUGAUGCUAUUAUUCUUUUAAACUAUACACGAUUUUAGUUUAAAUUAAAUAGAGUACAGGGGAAAAAGGGGGAUUGAAGUAAAGUCCUUCUUUUCUUAAUUCAUCGGGAAAAAAAGAAACCCUUCUUUCUUAUCAAAUUUGAGCAUUCUUUUUCUUCCAUCACUGCAUGGAGAUGGCUGUACUUGACCGACACAAGAUUUGUUACCCUCAUCGGGUUCUAUUUCCAUUUGGGAGUUUUCGCUUAAUAGGGAUCAAAAAGUAAGGAACAUUUUGGAGCUACCAUAGGUUAUAAAACUGCCGCAAGAGCUGAUUUGGAUUGUGUACGACAUGUAUCUCAUACCUGUACCCAUGUUGUGCCUUGUCAACACGGGUACGGUGAUGGGAAUAGAAGAGUUUAUGUAACACACUGGCCAACUUCCUUUAUGGUGUUAUAGAGUUCCACUUCUAGAAUCCUUAAAUUUAUACGGGUCUCAUUUGUGAGAUACGUGUAGUUGUUUUUGCCAAUUAUGUUUAUUGCUUGAAUCAGCAGUAGUUGGAGCAAUUUCAAAAUAUGUGCAAGGAAUUCAUUUAGUUUUCCUAUCUAAUUGAGGUUUUGGCCAAUUACUCUGUUUUGGUUGCAAAAUUGAAAAUGGUUUUAAGAAUCUGAGGUGUUUUUAGUUGUGAUGAGGGAUUGAGUAGAAACAUUUGUACCAUAUUUUUAUUUUUACUUUUUUUAUUUGAAUAGAAAAAUUGAUUUAAUGUGGACUCUUACAAGAAAAAGAAAAGGAAAAAGUUACUUUUCAAAAAAAAAAAAAAAAAACAAAAAGAAGAAAAGAAAAAAGUUGAUUGCAGAGCAACUGAUGGUUGUAGUGAUAGACGUGGCUCAGAUUCUUCAUGCAUUGACAUCUGAUUGUUCAUCAGAUGACAACAUUUUCAUUAGGUAAACACGGAAGGAGGAGAUGGUGUGAAGUGAUUUUUUAUUGUUGGAUGCAAUAAAUUAGGGAAAUGGGUUUUCUUGUUUGAAAGUUUCUUUCAGGUGGAACGUGAGCGUUCAGUAUCAAGAUAGAGCAAAGUUGAAGGAUAUUUACUUCGUUAUGAAGUGUUCAGUUAUAUGUCGAGAAAACCAUUUAUUAUCAAAGUUGACUCUCCAUCUCUUAGCUCUUAGCUAUUCAAAUGUUGAAAGAAGGCAUGCGGCCACACCAUCUGUUAUUGUCAUAGGUGGUGGUUUUGCUGGCAUUUCUGCUGCUCGAGCUCUUCAUGAUGCUUCAUUUCAGGUUGUCCUAUUAGAAUCACGUGAUAGGAUUGGUGGUCGAGUUCACACCGAUUACUCAUUUGGUUUUCCAGUUGACCUCGGUGCAUCUUGGCUGCAUGGAGUAUGCCCAGAAAAUCCUUUGGCACCUUUGAUUGGAAGGCUAGGACUACCCCUCUAUCGUACUAGUGGUGACAACUCUGUGUUGUAUGACCAUGAUUUGGAGAGCUACGCACUAUUUGAUAUGGAUGGGAAUCAAGUUCCUCAGGAAUUAGUCAAAAAGGUUGGAGAAGCUUUUCAGAGCAUUUUGAAUGAGACUGAUAAAGUAAGACAAGAACACAGUGAAGACAUGUCCAUACUCCAUGCUAUCUCAAGUGUGUUUGAAAGGAGGCCAGAUUUAAGGUUGGAAGGCCUUGCUCAUAAGGUGUUGCAGUGGUACUUGUGCCGAAUGGAAGGCUGGUUUGCUGCAGAUUCUGAUACCAUCUCACUUAAGUGUUGGGAUCAGGAGGAACUGCUUCCUGGUGGACAUGGGCUUAUGGUCCGGGGUUACCUCCCGGUAAUAAAUACGCUAGCCAAAGGUCUUGACAUCCGCUUGGGUCACAGGGUUACAAAAGUAGCAAGACGUUAUAAUGGAGUGAAGGUAACGGUUGAAGAUGGGAGGACAUUCAUAGCAGAUGCUGCUAUUGUUGCUGUUCCUCUCGGUGUUUUGAAAUCCAAUCGCAUCACGUUUGAACCGAGAUUACCUGAGUGGAAGGAAGCGGCUAUAGCCGACCUUGGAGUGGGGAUUGAGAACAAGAUACUUCUGCAUUUCAAAAAGGUGUUUUGGCCAAAUGUAGAGUUUCUGGGAGUGGUUGCAGAGACUUCUUAUGGAUGCAGCUACUUUCUCAAUCUUCACAAGGCUACUGGUCAUCCUGUCCUAGUCUAUAUGCCUGCAGGACAGCUGGCUCGUGAUAUUGAGAAAAUGUCAGAUGAAACUGCAGCUAAUUUUGCUUUUAUGCAACUUAAAAAAAUUCUUCCUGAUGCUUCCACCCCGAUUCAAUAUCUUGUUUCUCGGUGGGGCACAGAUGAGAACUCUCUUGGCUCCUAUAGCUAUGAUACAGUAGGAAAACCCCAUGAUCUGUAUGAGAGGCUAAGGAUCCCUGUUGAUAACUUAUUUUUUGCGGGGGAGGCAACAAGUAUGGACUACCCAGGGUCCGUGCAUGGUGCAUACUCAACUGGAUUAAUGGCUGCCGAGGACUGUAGGAUGCGUGUCCUGGAGCGGUAUGGGGAGUUGGACCUAUUCCAACCGGUCAUGGGUGAAGAUACACCUGUGUCUAUUCCGCUAUUGAUAUCUCGCAUGUAACUUGAUGCUUCCUCUGCUCAUAACAGAUUAUAUGCAUAUUUGUUUAGAUGGUAUACCAUCAAUUGAUUAGAGUCUCUGGAAAGAUUGAGGAAACAUUGUUUUCCCAAUGGAACUGUUGGUUGAUAUUUAGAGUCCUCUGCUAUGUUGUGAGGUACGUAGUGUUUCUGAUAGUCUCGAGUUUGGUGUUGUAGCAUAUACUCAGCUAUAUCAAAAUAAGAAGUUGAAAAGACUGGUCUGAUCCCAGCUAUGUUAUAAAAUGUCACUUUGUUAUGGGACAUACGUUUGGUACAAUUAUAUUAAAUAAUAAUUUCGUGGCUC